AUUCAAGGUGAAAUAAAAGGUUAUGGAACACAAAUAUACAAAAAAAAAAAAAAAAAAAGAAAAGAAAUCGGCCCAAGAGUGGUGGACUAUGCACAGUGUCAUGGGGGAAAAGGGUUGAAAAUAGUUUUCUUCCAUAAUGAUAUCCUGGAAAUAACUGAAUUGAUUAGAUUUGGGCUAAAAUGUCUCUUUGUUCAUCUUCACCUAGGAGGUCUUGGUCAGCUUGGAGUGGGGCUUGCUAACUUUUUGAGGAAACGAUUUGGGAAGGACAGCGUGAUUUUGUCCGACAUCAGGAAACCCCCAGACCACAUUUUUCAUAAUGGCCCAUUCAUUUACUCCGACAUUUUGGAUUCCAAGAACUUGAGGGAGACUGUGGUCAACAACCGCAUCAAUUGGCUGUUUCACUACAGUGCGCUCCUGAGUGCAGUCGGGGAAGCUGAUGUGUCCCUGGCAAAAGCUGUGAAUAUCACUGGACUGCACAAUGUUGUGGAUGUGGCAACUGAGCAUGGUCUGAGAUUGUUUGUGCCCAGCACCAUUGGCGCCUUUGGCCCUACGUCUCCCCGGAACCCGGCCCCUGAUCUCUGUGUGCAGAGGCCGAGGACUAUCUAUGGGGUGUCCAAGGUCCAUGCGGAGCUCAUGGGAGAAUACUAUUAUCACCGUUAUGGGUUGGACUUCAGAUGUCUGAGAUAUCCUGGGAUCAUUUCAGCUGACUCCCAACCUGGAGGAGGAACGACUGACUACGCUGUACAGAUUUUCCACCACGCUGUCAAGAGUGGCAGGUUCGAGUGCAACCUAAAACCUAGCACGAGGUUGCCAAUGAUGUACAUCGAGGACUGUCUUAGGGCUACCCUGGAGGUUAUGGAGGCCCCAACCAAGUCCCUCUCCAUGAGGACCUAUAACAUCAACGCCAUGAGCUUCACCCCUGAGGAGCUGGCCCAAGAGAUCCAUAAGCAUAUACCUGAGUUCCAGAUCACAUACAAUGUGGAUUCUGUCCGGCAGGCCAUAGCGGAUAGUUGGCCAAUGAACUUUGAUGACAGCAAUGCCCGGAAGGACUGGGGAUGGAAACAUGAUUUUGACCUUCCUAACUUGGUGACCACCAUGUUGAACUUUCCUGGUUUCCAUACCAGAGUUGCCCGAGCCAACUGAAGGAGUCAGAUGGAAAAACUCUUAUACCCUGGACAGAUGCCAAGGGAAAACCAUGAUGACCUCAGGAAUGAUAGACCACAAAGAAUCUAGAUUAUUUGAAAUUGAAAGACUCACUGGCCUAAAGUUUGGCUAUUCAUGUUGCAAGGCCAGAUGAGGAAUCAAAUUGGCUUUUGCAUUUUUCAAUGCCGUAGGUCUGGUGAUAGGACCUCUGCAUUUUUGCUCCUUCCCUAAAACUUGUUCACAAAUGUAUCACAGAAUGAAGACUUCAGCCUUAAUAGUUUCCAUAAUCUUAAGAGGAAACAAAUAUUUCUGGGAAGAAAAAAGUAUUUGUUAUUUUUAUCAAAUUAAACUUAAAUAUCACUUGAAAAAAAAAAAAAAGAAAA